AUCACAGAGACGACAUGCCGCUGAAAAGAAAAGACACGCAGCGCGCCCUGCAGGUGAUGGAGGCGUGCCAGGCCAGCGUUGCAGACGGGGUCAAAGGUCGCGCUGAGAAACUGCUAAACGUCUUCCAGAGCGACCUGUUCCAGGCCCUGCUGGACAUCCAGGAGUUCUAUGAGCUGACGGUGUGUGAGAACCAGACGAUGACGAGCCGGCCACACACACCUGCACAGAAGUACCGUUACCAGGGCGAUGAGACUCCACCUGCCGAUCCCAGCCCCGGUCACCUGACUCACGGAUGCAGCACCGAGCUUAUUCACACACACCUGGACGGAUACACACACCCUGCAGCUCUCACCGAACAAGGUCAGGGUCAGGAUCAGGGUCAGGAUCGGGAUCAGGGUCAGGGUCAGGAUCAAGGUCAGAGUCAGGGUCAGGAUCGGGAUCAGGGUCAGGGUCUGGGUCAGGAUCAAGGUCAGGAUCGGAAUCAGGGUCAGGGUCAGGAUCAAGGUCAGGGUGAGGGUCAGGAUCGGGAUCAGGGUCAGGGUCUGGGUCAGGAUCAGGAUCGGGAUCAGGAUCAAGGAUCAGGAGAACUCAUAGUCUGGAAUCAGAAGCGAUUCCACAGUACUGCAGUCUUUAACUGCUGCCCCCACUUCAGACCUGUAGAGAGACAGACAGGCGGAGAGACAGACAGGCGAGGGGGAGACAGGGGAGGAAUGUUUGUGUCGGUGUGGUACGCCAAGAAGAUGGGAAGACGCUUCAUCAACAACGUGAGGAAAGCUAAGAGACACAGGCAGAGGAUGAUGGGAAACUCUGGUCUGGGCUUCAGUAUCGCAGGAGGAACCGAUAACCCUCACAUUGGAGACGACCCGUCCGUCUUCAUCACCAAGAUCAUCCCGGGAGGAGCCGCCGCUCAGGACGGACGCCUGCGGGUGAACGACAGCAUCGUGUUCGUGAACGACGUGGAUGUGCGGGAGGUCACGCACUCCAUCGCCGUAGAGGCCCUGAAGGAGGCGGGGCCUGUGGUCAGGCUGUACGUCCUGCGGCGGCGCUCGGCCAGCGAACGCAUCACGCAGAUCAAACUGAUUAAGGGCCCCAAAGGUCUGGGCUUCAGCAUCGCGGGGGGGGCAGGGAACCAACACGUCCCCGGAGACAACAGCAUCUACGUCACCAAGAUCAUCGAGGGGGGGGCGGCACACCGCGACGGACGCCUACAGAUCGGGGACAAGAUACUGGCAGUGAACCACGUUUCUCUGGAGGACGUCCUUCACGAGGACGCCGUGGUGGCUCUGAAGAACACGGGGGAGGUGGUUUACCUGAAGGUGGCCACGCCCACCUCCCAGUACAUCCACCCCUCCGACAGAUACAGCCCCCCCGACCUUACCAGCUCCUACAUGGAACCGGACUACAUGUGUGAUUACCCACAAGCCUUCCCCCCCCCUUCCCCCCGCCGGUACUCACCCAUCCCCCACAGCAUGCUGGGAGAGGACGAGUUCUCCCGGGAGCCGCGGCGUGUCGGCGUCCAGCGAGGAGGCAGUGGCCUGGGCUUCAACAUCGUGGGGGGGGAGGAUGGGGAGGGCAUCUUCAUCUCCUUCAUCCUCGCCGGAGGACCAGCUGAUCUGAGCGGGGAGCUGAGGAAGGGGGACCAGAUACUGAGCGUGAACGGCGUAGAUCUCCGGUUUGCGACUCAUGAACAGGCAGCCGCCGCUCUGAAGAACGCCGGACAGAUGGUGACCAUCGUGGCUCAGUACAGACCUGAGGAGUACAGCCGCUUCGAGGCCAAGAUCCACGACCUGAGGGAGCAGAUGAUGAACAACUCAUCAGGAAGCCUGAGGGUCAACCGCAGCUUCUACCUCCGGGCGCUGUUCGACUACGAUAAGCAGUGGGACUGUGGAGUCCUGUCUCAGGCGCUGGACUUCAGCUUCGGAGACGUGGUCCACGUCACGGACAGCAGCGAUGACGAAUGGUGGCAGGCCAGGAGGGUAACCCCGGGGGGGGAGCCGGAGGAGACCGGGUACAUCCCCUCCAAACACAGGGUGGAGAGGAAGGAGUGGUCCCGCAUGAAGAGCAAAGGUAGAGAAGGCUUCGUCCACAGCUACGAGCUUGUCACUCAGAUUGAAGUGGACUACGCUCGUCCAAUCAUCAUCCUCGGUCCGACCAAAGAUCGCGUUAACGAUGACCUUCUCUCCGAGUUUCCUGACAAGUUUGGAUCCUGUGUUCCCCACACCACCCGCCCCCGCCGGGACUACGAGGCGGACGGGCGGGACUAUCACUUCGUGGCGUCGCGGGAGCAGAUGGAGCGCGACAUCCAAUCACAUCGCUUCAUCGAGGCGGGGCAGUACAACAGCCACCUGUACGGCACGUCAGUGCAGAGCGUCCGGCAGGUGGCCGAGCAGGGGAAGCACUGCAUCCUGGACGUGUCGGCUAACGCGGUUCGCAGGCUGCAGGCGGCGCAGCUUCACCCCGUCGCCAUCUUCAUCAGACCCAGAUCUCUGGAGAACAUCCU